CCUGUUCUAUUCUUAUUCACCUGUUCUAUUCUAAUGCAGAACUCUGCAGCCAGGACCUACACCCAGAGUGCUGUGAGGAUGGGUGUGGUCCUGGACCCGGCUCUUACCUGGGAGGUCAGGUACUCCAUCGAGGCUGGGAACAGUGAGGGCAUCUUCCAGGCUGAGGACCAGUUGCUGGGGGACUUCAGCUUCCUGAGGGUGCAGACUAACGGAGGCAGUGGAGGCACCUUGAACCGGGAGGUGCAGGACAAUUAUACACUGACGGUGCGGGCCACAGCACAAGGUGGGCUGGAGGCCUUCACCACCGUCUUCGUCAACAUCCUAGACAUGAACGACCUUCGACCUCUGUUUGCCCCGACCUCCUACUCCUUCGUGGUCCCCGAGGGCUCUCCGCUGGGCGCCAGCGUUGGCAGGGUAACGGCCACGGACGCAGACGUCGGAUCCAACGGGCAGUUUUACUACUUCUUCAGGGAGCGUGUGGAGCUGUUCUCGGUGCACCCCACCAGCGGGGUCGUGACCCUGACGGGCCAGCCAAUAACGGGGCAGCGGAUGGAGCUGGAGGUACGAGCGGUGGACCGAGGGAUAAAGCUCUACGGGACCAACGGUGUCAGCAGCACCGCUAAGGUGGUCCUGACGGUUGAACGGGUGAAUGAGUUUUCUCCGGUGCUGUCUAUGGUGGCCCUGGUGCCAUCGUGGUUGGAUCAAGACCCUGUGUUUGCUGUGGUCACGGUGGAGGACCAGGAUGAGGGGGUGUGCGGGGACAUCGAGUGGGUCUCCAUCGUCGAGGGGGACCCACUGGAACAGUUUAAGGUGGACCGCUCUCCGGUCGGGAACGAGUACAAGGUGAAGACGUCAGAGCCCGUGGACUGGAAGAAGUUUCCAUACGGUUGUAACCUGACCCUCCAGGCUAAAGACAGAGGAACCCCUCCUCUGUUCUCCAACACUCAGGUGGUCCAGGUGUUAGUUAGAAAACCUCAGGCUCUCCAGGUGAGAUUUGAUAAACAGCUCUACCAGGUGAGACUGAGUGAGAUAGCGCCGCCUGGCACCAUCAUAGUGGAAGUGCGGAUCACCCCAGGCCCUCCCAACGUCAACUACAGCUUUAGCCCCUUCUCUGCCUCACCGUACUUCCUCAUCAACCCUCUGACCGGGGUCAUCACUACGACAACCCCUCUGACCAGCCUAUCGCAGGACGUCGUGGAGCUGGAGGUGUUGGAGCAGGGCAGUAAACUCAGAACCAGGGUCCAGGUCACCAUAGAGGACGCUAACGGCAACACGCCCACGUUCGCCAGGCCGGCGUACGACGUGUCAAUCGAAGAGACCAUGCCGGUCGGCACGGUGAUCUCGGUGGUGUCGGCGGUGGACGAUGAUAAAGGGGAGAACGGGUGUAUCACCCACAGCAUUGCUGGACUUCAGGCACUACCCUUCACCAUAGAUCAGGACUCAGGAGAGCUGAGGACCACUAGAGAGCUGGACUACGAGACGUCAUCUGAUCUCUACAUGUUCUCCGUCCGGGCCUCAGACUGGGGUUCUCCGUACCGGCGGGAGAACGAGGUCAACGUGACAGUGCGCCUCAUCAACGUAAAUGACAACAGACCUUUGUUUGAGAGGGUUGGCUGCCGAGGGAUGAUCGAACAGGACUUCCCUGUAGGCCAGAAUAUCGUCACCAUGUCAGCUGUGGACAUAGACGACCUGGGGCUGGUUAAGUACAGGAUCCUGUCAGGUAAUGACCUGGACUACUUCAACCUUAACCCAGAUUCCGGUGCCCUGGCCUUGAGGAGGUCCCUGGCCUCCGCUAACCUCAAGACAGUUGUCUUCAACCUCAAGGUGGAGGCGACGGACGGAGAGCUGUUCUCGGAGCCGACCUACGUCAACGUGACGGUGGUCCGGGGUGGGAUGCCGUCUCGUAGUGUCACCUGCAGAGAGACAGGAGUGGCCCAGAGCCUGGCAGAGCUGGUACUACAGAAGGCUACGGCGCUGCGGAGACCCAGGGUGGAUGAGGGGUACACAGACCUGUUCUCAGCCAACAGACUGACGCCUCAGUUUGAGUCGUUCCCCUCCAGUAUUGUAGUCAGGGAGGAUCUGGCCAAGGGGGCGAGUGUCUUUCAGGUGAGGGCAACAGAUGACGACACGGCCUUCAACGGUCACAUCCUGUACGCCAUCUCCAACGGCAACAGGGACAGCUGCUUCGACAUCGCCAUGGAGACGGGCCUGAUGACAGUGUUCCGGCCGCUGGACCGCGAGCGGUCCGACCGUUACGUCCUGAACGUGACCAUCUACGACCAGGGUCUGCCUCAGCGUUCCAACUGGAGGCUCCUGACCGUCAACGUAGAAGACGCUAACGACAACGAGCCUGUGUUCGCCAAGGACAGCUACAGCGUGGUGGUCCCUGAGAACACAGCGUUGGGUACUGAGGUGGUGCAGGUCGUUGCUGUAGACAGAGACCUCGGCUCCAACGGAGAGGUCUCCUACUCGCUGCUCACCGCCGUGCCGCAGUUCAGCAUCAACAGCAACACAGGGGCAGUGGUCGUGUCGGGGCAACUCGACCGGGAGACCAUCCCAGCGUUUAGCCUGAAGGUGGAGGCCAGGGAUAAGGCGGAGAGAGGGACCCAGCGGUUCAAGGUGACAACUCUGAGUAUAACACUAGAGGACGUCAAUGACUGCCCCCCGCUGUUCGUCCCUGGGAGCUACAGCGCCCGCGUCCUGGAGGACCUGCCACUAGGGGCAGUCAUCGCCUGGCUGCAGACCCAGGAUUCAGACCUCGGACUGGGGGGACAGGUCUCCUACGCUCUGGCCAAUGACGGAAACGGCAUCUUCGAGGUGGAUGCGGUGAGCGGCGCAGUGAGGGUGGGGAAGAGGCUGGACUAUGAGAGACAGCAGAUCUACAACCUGACUGUAGUGGCCGAGGACAGAGGGACACCUAUCCUACGCUCUCUAUCUUACCUGGACAUAGAGGUGGUGGAUGUGGAUGAGAACCUGUUCUAUCCAUACUUCUCUGAGUUUGCUGUGCGGGGCAGUGUGAAGGAGAACAGCAGAGUAGGGACCAGUGUCCUGGUGGUCAGUGCUAGAGACGAGGGGGGAGACAGGGUCGUCAGGUACUCUGUCAGAGGAGGCAGUGGGAUCGGCAGCUUCUCCAUCGAUGAGGAAACAGGUUUGAUCUACACUACAGGUAUUCUGGACUGUGAAACCAAGUCGUCCUAUUGGUUGACGGUCCACGCCACCACCCGCGGGGUCACGCCCCUCUCCGCCUCCAUUGAGGUCUUCAUCCAGGUGGAGGACGUGAACGAUAACUCCCCCUUGACCUCCGACCCCAUCUAUCACCCCGUCGUCAUGGAAAACUCUCCCAAAGAUCUGUCCGUCAUCCGUAUCCAGGCGCAGGACCCCGACUUCACCGCCAUGCCCGGUCGCCUUAGUUACCGCAUCACCGCCGGCAACCCACAGAACUUCUUCUCCAUCAACUCCAAAACAGGUCUGAUAACAACAACAUCGAGGAAACUGGACAGAGAGCAGCAAGCAGAGCACUUCCUAGAGAUAACGGUUAUGGACAGUCCGGUAAUGUCCCGUCUCUCCACUGUGUGGGUCAUAGUCCACAUCCAAGAUGAAAACGACAACAUCCCCACAUUCACCGAGUCCGUCUACCGGAUCAGCCUACCGGAACGCGACCGGAACAAGCGCGGUGAUCCCAUCUAUCGGGUGUUUGCGUCCGACCUCGACCUGGACACCAACGGCAACAUCACAUACAGUAUCGUCGGGGGUAACGAUGAUGAGAAGUUCAGCAUUGACCCGCUGACCGCAAUGGUGUCGUCACACAAGAUGGUCACGGCAGGAAGCUACGACAUCAUCACCAUAAAGGCCCUAGACGGUGGAAGCCCUCCUCUAUGGUCUACAGUAAAGCUCCAUAUGGUGUGGGUUCGUAAGCCUGUUCCCUCUCUGCUGCCGCUGGUGUUCUCCCAGCGCUACUACAACUUCUCCGUCUCUGAGGCCACAGCUGUAGGUCAGCCUGUAGGACUGGUGUCUGUACGACAGACGGACACACCGCUCUGGUUUGACAUCAUAGGAGGGAGGUUAGCCAGGGAGGUAUUCUAUAUACCUAAAUACAUCUGUGGGAGGAACUGCUCAUCUGAAGCAGGUACAGGGAGCUACGACAGUGGCUUUGACUUCCAGCAGGGCACUGUGGGUACUGUGGUGAUAGCCAGGCCGCUGGACGCUGAGGGUCAGUCGCUCUACAACCUGACGGUCAUGGUCACUGACGGUACCAACACAGCUAACACACAGGUCUUCAUCCGUGUUCUUGACAGUAAUGACAACCCUCCCGUCUUCUCUCAGCCUACAUAUGACAUUAGCGUGUCAGAAGACAUGCCAGCCGACACAGAGCUGUUGCGUGUGCGAGCGUCAGACGGUGACGAGCGUGCACGUCUCAGCUACUCCAUCCACAGUAGUGUAGAUCCAGCCAGUAUGAGGCUGUUCAAGAUUAACCCUGGGACUGGAGUGGUCUACAGCGCUGACCGACUGGACUACGAGGCUAGGACACAACACAUUCUGACCAUCAUGGUAAAGGAUCAGGAGUUUCCGUUUAACCGUGAUCUGUGUCGUAUCCUGGUGGCGGUUGAGGACAUGAAUGAUAACGUACCGUACUUCAGCAGUACUGUGUAUGAUGCUGUAGCCUACGAGUCAUCUCCUCCUGGAUCACCUGUCCUCCAGGUAUCGGCUCUGGACAGAGACAACGGGCCAAACGGACUGCUGCAGUACUCUAUAGAAGCAGGUAACACGGGAGCAGUGUUUGCUAUCGACGCUUCCACUGGUGUUAUCUCCGUAGCGAGAGACCUGGACCUCUCGUCCGUGGGAUAUUACAUCAUCACCGUGCGCGUCACUGACAGCGGCACGCCACCCCUCACCGCCACUGCUACGGCACGUGUUUCCCUCACUCUCUCUGACUCCUCCGAGCCCAAGUUCAGCCAGAGAGAAUACCAGGCAGAGGUGAUGGAGAACUCUGCCACAGGAAGGUACGUCACAAUGGUGUCCGCCCUGAGUCGCUCUGCGCUGGUUUAUGACAUCACAGCCGGUAACCACGAACGCCAUUUCGCCAUCAACCGUCACACUGGAGUCAUCACCACCCGCAAGGCACUCGACUUCGAGGUGUACGUAGGUGUUAUCAGCGAGGCUGCACCGGUCAACAGUGUGGUCCUGGCGGAGGACGGUAAUCCUCUGGUCAUACAGGCUUCGGACCGUGACCGUAACCUGAACGCCCUGCUGGUGUUCAACAUCAUAGAUGAGACCGCUAGAUCCUUCUUCACCGUGGACUCUGGGACCGGGUCCAUCAGAACCAUCUCUACUUUGGACUACGAGACGUUCUCUGCCUUCUCCUUCCGGGUCCAUGUGAGGGACAGUGGGAGACCCCAGAGAACAGCAGACAACCCAGCUCAGGUCCAUAUCAAGGUGGUGAACAUCAACGACUCUCCUCCUAAGUUCUCCCAAGACUCCUAUGAAACGGUCCUCCUCCUCCCCACCUACCCCGGAGUCGAGGCCCUGAGGGUCACGGCCUUUGACCCAGACCUGACGCCCGACCCCGCCGUGACCCCUGCUGACCUCUCUGUGACCUCUGCCCUGGUGUACACCCUGGCUGACCGGAACCUCGAACACUUCUCCAUGGAACGUUCCACUGGCGUUCUCACCGUCAAGAACCGCAACCUCUCCAAAGACCGCUAUCGCUUCAACGUCAAGGUGUGGGACGGUCGUUUCUCCAGCACAGUGUUAGUAACCAUCCUGGUCCGUGAAGCGAUGGACAGCGGCCUCCUCUUCUCCCUCCCCAUCUACUCCUCCUCCGUCGCCGAGAACGAUGGCAACAUCUCCAUAGUGACCGUGGUGAACGCAGUGGGGCACCGGCUUAACGAGCCGUUGAAGUACACGCUGCUGAAUGCCGGCGGUCGUUUCACGGUGCGCCCGACCUCCGGGGUGGUCCUGACCAUGGGAAUACCGUUUGACCGCGAGGAGCAGGACAGCUAUGAACUGGUGGUCGAAGCCAGCAGAGUUUACGACCGACUGAGGGUUGCUAGAGUUACUGUCAAGGUUCAGGUGGAGGAUGUGAAUGACAAUGCUCCGGAGUUUGUUGACCUGCCGUACUACGCUGCUGUCCAGGUGGAAUCAGACCCAGGCUCCGUGGUGUACAGGGUCUCAGCAUCAGACAGAGACUCUGGGCUCAACGGUGAUGUCAUUUACACGCUGAAAGAGGAGCACAGGAACUUCCAGGUGGACCCUCUAAGAGGUGAACUGAUCCUCAAGCGCUCCCUCGAAGCCGACCUGUCCAACGCUGAAUACAAACUCACCAUCGUAGCUCAAGAUGGCGGCUCCCCUUCCCUGUCCAGUGAGGUGGAGCUACCGGUCACCAUCAUGAAUAAGGCCAUGCCGGUGUUUGACAAGCCCUUCUAUGGCAUCACAGUGAGGGAGGAUGUCCCCGUGUCCACCCCGGUCCUGUAUAUCAACGCUACCAGCCCCCAGGGACAGAGUGUUAUAUACACUGUCAUGGAGGGAGACCCUUCACUACAGUUUGACAUGGGCUUUGAUACCGGUGCGAUCCGUGUCAGCUACCCGUUAGACUACGAGACCACACCAUACUACCGAUUAACGGUGAAGGCUACGGACACGCAGACUGGUGCAAGGUCGGAGGUCGAUGUGGACAUCGCCGUGUUGGACGUUAAUGACAACCCUCCGCUUUUCCAGAACGUCUCAUAUUCCACCACACUGCCCGAGAACUCCAUGAUCGGCACUCCAGUAUUACAGGUGUUGGCGUUGGACAGUGACUCAGAGCGUAACUCGUUGGUCCGCUACCAGAUCCUGUCAGAUGUCUACAACAGUACCGACUUCUUCCACAUCGAUAGCAGCAGCGGACUGAUCCUCACCGCACGCACGCUCGACUACGAAACCAUGCAACAAUACACCUUCAUCAUCAGGGCAACCGACAGCGGCGACCCUGCCCUGAGCAGCGAGGUCAAUGUCAUGGUUUUGGUUACAGACACCAACGACAACCCUCCUUCCUUCAGCCAAUCGCUGUACGAAGUGUACUUAAGCGAGCUGGCCCCCAGGGGACAGUUUGUGACCUGCGUCCAGGCCUCUGACGCUGACAGCUGUGAUGCAAAUAGACUCAGGUACAAUAUCCUAUCCGGUGAUGAGCGGAUGGUGUUUACGAUGGACACAGAGGCGGGGUUGAUAUCUCUGUCCAAUCAGAGAAGACAGGGGAUGAGGGCUUCCUUUAGGCUCAACGUGUCUGUGUCCGACGGGGUCUUCACCAACACCGCUGAGGUCAAUGUGUAUGUGUUGGGGGCAAACCUCUACAGUCCAGUUUUCAGUCAGAGGUUCUACCUGGCGGAGACCAGAGAGAACGCACCUGCUGGAUCCAGAGUCAUACAGGUGCGUGCUACGGAUGAGGACUCAGGUCUGUUUGGUCAGGUGACCUUCACGUUCAUCAACGACUUGGGGAAGAGUAAGUUCAGCAUCGACCCUAAAGGCCUCAUCACCACCGCACAGAAACUAGACCGUGAAAACCCUAGCAACAAGGACAUAGUCCUCACCGUCAUGGCCCUUGACGGAGGAGGUCGUGCAGCAUUCUGUACAGUCCGUGUUGUGUUGACUGAUGAGAAUGACAACGCCCCUCGGUUCAGGGCGGUGGAGUAUCGUAUGAGCAUCAAGUCCAAUGUGGCUAAAGGAUCGUUGGUUACCCAGAUCCAGGCCACAGACCUUGACACUGGACCCAAUGGACGGGUCAUCUAUUCCCUGUACAGCGAGGCCCGUCUGCCCCUGGUUGACGUACUGGAGGUGGAGCCAGACAGUGGUUGGAUGGUGACGAAAGGAUCUCUUCUCCAUCUCCAGGGAACCAUCCUAUCCUUCUUUGUCAAGGCUACAGACCGUGGCUCCCCGGCAAAACAUUCUCUGGUCUCAGCCUUCAUCCAUGUCCUCCCCCCGGACGCUCUGGUCCCCUCCUUCACCCAGCCUCAGUACUCCUUCACCAUACCAGAGGACACACCUGUGGGCACGGCCCUGGGAAACAUAUACCUGGCCCCAGGACAGACUGGGGCUUACACCGCUGUGGGGGGAGAGACUCCCGACAGCAACCAGGGAGGUACGUUCCUGGUGGAGAGAGAGACGGGUCUGGUCCGGCUGACCAAUCCUCUGGACUAUGAACUGGUCAGCAUCUUCAGGUUUAAAGUCUCAGCUACGACUCGACGAGACCUCAUAGAGUCCAUCUCUACUGUGGACGUGGAGGUGAAGAUUCUGGACAUAAAUGACAACAAGCCAUUGUUCGAGACCAGUUCCUACGUUGCCAUGGUAAUGGAGGGGAUGCCCGUGGGUACCAGGGUGGUCCAGGUGCGGGCGCUCGACCCUGACUGGGGCUCAAACGGACAGGUCACCUAUAGCUUGGGUCCUCCACUUAACCAGAUCCAGGAGAACAGACCAGACCGCACCUCAGCCGGUUCCUCAUUUGGUAUUACUGGUACCAGUACUGGUUCAACUAGUUCUUCUGGUACCGGACCAGUGUUCUCCAUUGACAGUAAAACGGGCUGGAUCACAACCCUGUCGGUUCUGGACCAUGAGGCUGGACCCAGCUACACCUUCGUGGUGGUGUCUUCAGACCUGGGGGAGCUGCUACAGCUAUCCUCUACCACUGUCGUCACGGUGUCUGUAGCAGAUGUGAAUGACAACCCUCCGCGAUUCGAGAGAGAGUUCUACCGGGGUGCGGUCAGAGAGAGUGACCCGCCAGGAGAGGUGGUGUCUGUCCUCAGCACCAAGGACGGAGACACCACGGAUAAAAACAAACUGGUCAGCUACCACAUCACAGGUGGUAACCCAGGGGGAGUGUUCAUUAUAGCGCUGGUCCAGGGGGAAUGGAUGGUGGUGGUGCGCGGUCAGCUGGACAGGGAAAAGCAGGACUUCUAUCUACUCAACAUCACUGCCAGCGACGGCCUCUACAUCACCCGUACAGCCGUGGAGGUCACUGUCAUGGACGCCAACGACAACACACCUGUCUGCAACCAGGCGGUCUACCGCGUGACUUUCCCUGAGGACAUGCCCCCUAACCAGGGCAUUCUGACUGUAGGGGCAUCCGACGCAGACACAGGCACCAGCGCUGAGAUACAGUAUUCUCUUUUUGGGAUCGGAGUGGAGGACUUCUAUAUGGACGCAAACACUGGUGACAUGAAGACAGCGACGGUGAUGGACCGUGAGAUUACCUCCAGCUACAAGUUGAUCGCCCAGGCAACCGACGGAGGCGGGCUCUUCUGUCGCUCCGAGGUCUCUGUCACGCUAUUGGAUGUCAACGACAACCCGCCCUCCUUUUUUUCCAGCCAAUACCUGGCCAACAUUUAUGAGAACGCCGCCCCCAAAGCACUGCUGACACGCCUACAAGCCAGUGACCCUGACGAAGGUGUUAACCGUACAGUGGUCUAGUCCCUGGCAGACUCAGCAGAGGGGUUCUUCUCCUUCCACUCUCAUCUAUCAGGCGUGGUGGUUCUGGAGCUAAGCCCUGGACAGAGAGACCAGAGACUCCUCAGGGUGGAUCUGACAGUAGUGGUGUUGGACGUCAACGACAACCCCCCGGUGUUCCAGAGGCGUGACUACACCGUCACCGUGCCCGAGGACGUUGCCAUGGGAACAGAGAUCCUGCGGCUGUCGGCCACCAGUGACGACAUUGGGGCAAACGCUGAGGUCACGUACAGCAUCAGGGCUGGCAACGAACUGGGGAAGUUUCAGAUUGACAGAACUCUGGGCUCCAUCUCAGUAGUUGAUGACAUGGACUUUGAGGUGUGUAAGGACUACUUCCUGACUAUAGAGGCUUGGGACGGCGGGGCCCCGCCCCUCAGCACUGCUACCAUGGUAACCAUAGAACUGAUGGACGUCAACGACAACGCUCCAGCCUUCAGUCAGGAUAUCUACAACGUGCUGGUCAGCGAGGACGCAUCAGUCGGACAGACUAUCACCAGGUUGCUAGCGGAGGACCUGGACAGCCAGGUGAACGGACGGAUCACUUACUCCAUCCUCCGUGGUGACCGUGGCAACCAGUUCUGGAUCGACCCGGUAGUGAGACAGGAUAGACUAGUCAAAGGAUCAACAGAGACUGGACAGGGGGUAGUGUCCAACUAUACUCUGUCUGUCCAGGCGUUUGAUAGUGGUUCCCCCGCCAAGUCCUCUACAGUCAUCGUCAACAUAGAUAUCUCUGACGUAAACGACAACCCUCCUGCCUUCGCCCCACCUAACGCCUCAACCACUGUACAGUUGAACCAGCCGGCCGGGUCCAGUCUGCUGAAGCUGUCCGUCACUGAUAAAGAUUCCCCCAAUAACGUCCCUCCUUUUGAGUUCCGCAUUGUGUCUGGGAACGAGGGGAACGCUUUCUCUGUGGAACAGACCGGAGACCUACGGUCCAACCGUGUUCUAGGACCUGAUGCUACCAGGGAGUUCACUCUGCAGGUCCAGGCCAGUGACAGCGGUAAGCCCCGUCUCUCCUCCUCUUGCUGGGUCUUCGUCAGGGUAGUCGGAGACAGCCAGUACAGACCCUCUGUCAACCCAUUGGACAUCUACAUCGUCACGGCAACAGACUCCUAUCCCGGCGGCCCGAUCGGCCGGAUAUACGCCUCUGACCGCGAUGUCACAGACGUGUUGUCCUUUACCCAGACGCCUUUGCAGCAACGGAAUCCAUUCAAGAUCAACAGGCAGGACGGCAGUGUAGUGGCCGUGGCUGGACUGGAGCCUGGCAGGUAUCAGUGUAACGCCACUGUGAGUGACGGUCGGUACUCUGUCCCAGUGGUCGUAACGGUCGUGGUUGAACAGGUGACUGAGGAUCUCCUCCGUAACGCCAUCACCCUAAGGUUUUCCUCGCUGACCCCUGAAGACCUGCUGGGGCGUCAUCUUAAUAAUAUCAAGCAGAGGCUGCGUGGCGUAGUCGGCUGGGGUUCGUCGUCGCUUGAGCAACAACAGGACCCUGUGCACAUUCUCGGUGUGCAGCCGAUGUCAGAGGGCAUCGACCUACUCCUGGCCAUGGAGAGACCAGAGGGGGAAGGAGAGGGUGGAGGCUACCUAACCUCACAGGAGCUGAUCCUCAGGAUGGGGGAGGCAGGGUGGAGAGGGGAAGGGAGAGGACAGGGAGGGGAGUCGGCUACAGGAGGCCAGAGAGGGCAGCUCCAGGGUGUCCUGGCCGGGGCGGAGGUGCUGGCACCAGCCUGCUCGGGGGAGCUCGACUGCGGGGACAGAGUGUGCGAGCAGGCCCUGGUGGUGGAGGGUGGAGCGAUGGUCACCUACAGCACCCCGACAGUCAGCUUCAUCAGCCCACGAUACAGCCGCAUGGAGACGUGCACCUGCCCAGGUACCUGUCCCAACCCCGUAGAGGAGCAGUGUGAGGGACAAUCCUGUCCUAUAGACAUGCAGUGUGUUCGUUCCAGCCCCACAGCGCCCUCUGUCUGCCAGUGUCUGCCUGACAGGAUGGACCAGUGUGCAGGCCAGACAUCUCUGAGUUUCUCAGGUAACAGCUAUAUAAAGUACAGGGUGAAAGAAGGAGGCCAGGGAGGAGGAGGAGAGAUGAGACUGGGUCUAAGCAUCAGAACAUUACAGAGUAGAGGAGUCAUCAUGUACACACGGGCCAACCCCUGCACCAUGCUGAAGAUCGAAAGUGGUCGUCUGUGGUUCCAGCUGGACUGUGACAACACGCUGGGCAUCAUGGGUAUCUCCGGCAGACCAAUCAACGAUGGGCGUUGGCAUGCCGUGACGUUAGAACUCACCAGCAACUAUACCCUCCUCUCAUUGGACGACAGCUAUGUGGAACGCCGUAGGGCCGCCGGAGCGCCCGUCCGACUCUGGCCCCUCGCUCCCGAUCCGUCCUUCUUCUUCGGUGCCCAAGUCAGACCUCCAACUUCCAAUCCCGGGGAGAGGGAACCCGGUCCCGGGGAGAGGGGAAUGAGGGGUCCGCCCCGGGCCGAGGAUGGGUUUCAGGGGUGUCUGAGGUCGCUGGUGCUGAAUAGUAACGAGCUACCUCUCCAGAACAAGAGGAGUCGCUAUGCAGAGAUAGCUGGCCUUAGUGAGGUGAAGCUAGGCUGUGUACUCUACCCUGACCCCUGUGUGACCCAGCCCUGUCUCAAUGGAGGAUCCUGUAAACAACUGCCCUCUGGUGGUUUCAGGUGUAGUUGCAGUAUGAGGUACACUGGACGUCGCUGUGAGGAGGAGAUGACUUCGUGUCUACCAAACCCCUGUCAGAACGGAGCAGACUGUACAGCUGGAGACACAGCCUUCGUCUGUGGUUGUCCCCGGGGUCUCGCUGGACUCAUAUGUGAUGAGGAUGUGAACGAGUGUGAGCGUGAGGAGUGUGAGAACGGAGGAGUGUGUAUGAACACCUUUGGGGCGUACUAUUGUAACUGUUCCUAUGGUUACGAGGGCCAGUUAUGUGGAGAGAGGAGCCUACUGGACCCAGACCCUGACCUACAGGAGCCUCUCUCCUACGUGGGUCCAGUAGAGAUCAUCGGAAUCGGAGUCCUGAUCUUCGUCAUCUCUCUCCUCCUCCUCCUCUACAUUAUCUUCAGGAAGAAGAUCAGGUUCCAGAGGAAGGACUCCGACAGUGGUUUCAGCCAGGAUGGAGGAGGGGCAAAGGAGGGUGUGGCGGUGGGCGGGGUCGGGACGGGGGUGGGCAUGUCUGCUGUAUCCGUGGAGACCAGCUACCUGCUGACAAAGACGGGGAUGGGGUCAGAAGGCAUCGAGUUCAAAGCCGUACGUGUCGCUGCCGACCCCCGACCGCCCGGCACUGCCGAGGUCAGCGUCGGUAGUUAUGGCGACAGAGAUGGAGGUCUAGGUGGAGGUGUGGUGACAGGUGGAGGGGUAGGUUUGGGGCCUCCUCAGGUGAUGGUACGGCCAACUACACACCCGACGACGAUGCUACCUGGUUGGCCUGGCAACAACAACAACCUAGCAAUGAGAGGUAUCGAUGGCGAUAACAUGGCUACCAGCGAGAGCUCUCUCUCUACCAGUCAGAUGAGCAGCUUCUUGUCAUCUGAUUCCUCGCAUCACAUCCUGGGCGGUGCUAGUAGAAGGGGCGUGGCCGUGUGUAGUGUGGUGCCCAAUCUCCAGCCCCUAUCGCCCUGUCACUCAGAACGAAACCCCGCCCAUAAAGCUCCCUGGGAGAGGCAGGGAGAGAGGGAUGGAAGAGAGGAGGAGUGGGAGCAGAGAGCAUAUGAACUGGAGAGAACUCAGAGAGCCAGCUCUCCUCUUGAAAUGGAGGAUCUGGUAGAAGAGGUGCCGUGUUUCUCAGACAGUACAUCUGAAGCUCUCUCUCUCAGCUCCUACACCUCAGACUCCUUCGAUGACAACGCCUCCAUAGUGACUGUAAUAUGUCUGGUGAAUAAUACUGUGGACAGUAUAGAGAAUGAAGCCUACCAGUGGGAGUCGUCUGAUUGGCUGUCCCCGUCCCGGCUCCGCCUACCUGGCAUCGAUGGGGGGUGUGACAUUACAGAUGACCUUCCGUCGUUCAGCAGAGCAGGAAGCGUGUACUCAUUACAGCUGGACAACGGGCUGGGGGGAGAGAGAGAUAUAAGAUAUGGAGGGAGAGUUCACAGAGGCUAUGGUUCAGCUGAUAGAAGAGAUCAGAGAGAACCCUCAGGGGAUAGAAGAGGAAACAGGAGUGAGUGUAGAGACGGAGGGGGCACAGGGGUGGCCAGACCACACACAGCAGACAGAAAGUACGAGAGGAGGUAUGAGAGGCAUGCAGGGACAGGGUACGGCAUAGACAGAGUAUUCACGCUCGAAAAAAGAGUCCACUCCAGCGAGGGAGAGAAAGAGCACCAACCUAUUGAUCGAGAGGAGACCUCCUCACCAGUGUAUGAAGAGUACCGUGAACCCAACCCAGAUACAAUCUCUGCCCCAGACCCUGUUCCAGAACCUGACCAGAACCACUAUGAUACUCUUCCCCCAACACGGCCUGCUUACCAGGGUUACCCCUCUCCUCCUCCAGGGCUCAACCUCCACCCAGCCCAGCUGCUACCCCCGCUCAGGGCCUGGGACGGACAGAACGCCUGGGCGCCCCUGGAGGUGACCCAGGGGUCCGGAGUUGGCGGUCACGGUUCAAGGCUAGAGAGGUCUGAGUCAGGAGAUGAGCUGGAGAGACUGUUGAAUCUGGUGUCGCUCAGAGCUCGGAGGGCUACACGCACACAGAGACCCUCUGAAACACCCCCUCCUCCAGAACCAUCCACUGGCUGGGACGGGCUUUACUGAUCAGAGAAUUCUCCAGAACCAUCCACUGGCUGGGACGGGCUUUACUGAUCAGAGAAUCCUCCAGAACCAUCCACUGGCUGGGACGGGCUUUACUGAUCAGAGAAUCCUCCAGAACCAUCCACUGGCUGGGACGGGCUGUACUGAUCAGAGAAUCCUCCGGAACCAUCCACUGGCUGGGACGUACUGAUCAGAGAAUCUUCCAGAACCAUCCACUGGCUGGGACGGGCUGUACUGAUCAGAGAAUCCUCCGGAACCAUCCACUGGCUGGCUCUUUUGCGAGGCAUGACCAGCACAAGACAAGCUCCUGCAAUAGAGUCUCUAGAUUGAACAACUUCUUAAAUAAUAUCAAAUCUAUUUAAAUGCAGUCACUGUAAGAUAAUAGAAACGUUCCACACAUUACCUCAAUAGUGCAACACAACAUGCAGUUCUGUUUUCACAACAUGUAGUUCUGUUUUCCCAACAUGCAGUUCUGUUUUCCCAACAUGCAGUUCUGUUUUCCCAACAUGCAGUUCUGUUUUCACAACAUGUAGUUCUGUUUUCCCAACAUGUAAUUCUGUUUUCACAACAUGUAGUUCUGUUUUCACAACAUGCAGUUCUGUUUUCCCAACAUGCAGUUCUGUUUUCCCAACAUGCAGUUCUGUUUUCCCAACAUGCAGUUCUGUUUUCCCAACAUGCAGUUCUGUUUUCCCAACAUGCAGUUCUGUUUUCCCAACAUGCAGUUCUGUUUUCACAACCUGUAGUUCUGUUUUCACAACAUGCAGUUCUGUUUUCACAACAUGUAGUUCUGUUUUCACAACAUGCAGUUCUGUUGAUGUAACUAUUAAUGCUUUGAGUCUGUAGCGGACCAUUUUAACUCAUGUACAGUAUGAUUACAUUACAUACACAGACACACAGACGGAGAGAGAGAGAGAGACACAGACGAAGAGAGACAGACACACAGAUGGAGAGAGACAGACACACGGAAAGAGAGACAGACACAUGGAGAGAGAGAGAGAGACAGACAGAGAGACAGGUGGAGAGAGAGACAGACAGAGAGAGAGAGACACAGAGACGGCGAGAGAGACAGACAGACACACAGAGAAGGAGAGAGAGACAGACAGACAGAGAGAGACAGACAAACACACAGAGACGGAGAGAGAGAGACAGACACACAGAGACGAAGAGACGAAGAGACAGACAGACAGACAGACCGAGAGAGAGACAGACAGACACACACAGACGGAGAGAUAGACAGACACACAGAGACAAAGAGAUAGGCAGACACACAGAGAAGGAGAGUGAGAGAGACAGACAGACAGACAGACAGACAGACAGACAGGCAGGCAGACAGGUAGACAGACAGACAGACAGACAGACAGACAGACAGACAGACAGACAGACAGACAGACAGACAGACAGACACAGGCUAUUGAAUAGCUGCAGUCACAACCUGUAUCUUCACAGUCUCAACAAAUGAAGUGUGGAUUCUCUGUUCAUUUGCAGUUAUAUGUUAUAUAUUUUACUACAGACCUGCCAUUCUACAUGUACUGUAUGUUUGUCUUC